AUGGAAAUCGACCACGACGGGGAAGAGGAGGGAUUCCAGGCGCUGCCCUCUGGUGAGCGUGUUGAACCGCCCAAGGAGCGCAAGACCACCCGGUACAUGACCAAGUACGAACGCGCCCGCGUCCUUGGCACCCGUGCCCUGCAAAUCAGUAUGAAUGCGCCCAUCAUGGUGGAGCUGGAGGGAGAGACGGAUCCACUUGAGAUCGCCCAGAAGGAGCUUCGCGAACGUAAGAUCCCCAUCAUCAUCCGACGCUACCUGCCCGAUGGCAGUUUCGAGGAUUGGAGUAUUGAUGAGCUGGUGGUCGAUUAA